GCCUGCGCAAGUCAUUGGCGCCAAGAUGGCGAUGGAGAUGAGGCUUCCAGUUGCUCGAAAGCCUCUUAGCGAGAGCCUGGGCCGCGAGUCUAAGAAACACUUGGUGGUGCCGGGCGACACGAUCACUACGGACACAGGUUUCAUGCGAGGCCACGGAACAUAUAUGGGGGAAGAGAAGCUCAUUGCAUCGGUGGCUGGCUCUGUGGAGAGAGUAAACAAGUUGAUCUGUGUGAAAGCUUUGAAAACAAGAUAUAAUGGUGAAGUGGGAGACAUUGUAGUGGGGAGAAUCACAGAGGUUCAACAAAAGAGGUGGAAGGUGGAGACCAACUCCAGGCUGGAUUCAGUCUUGCUUCUCUCGUCCAUGAACCUCCCUGGAGGAGAGCUGAGGAGAAGAUCUGCAGAAGAUGAGCUUGCAAUGAGAGGCUUCUUACAGGAAGGGGACCUUAUCAGUGCUGAGGUCCAGGCAGUGUUCUCUGACGGAGCCGUCUCUCUGCACACGAGGAGCCUGAAGUAUGGAAAACUAGGGCAGGGUGUUUUGGUCCAGGUUUCUCCCUCCCUGGUGAAACGGCAGAAGACGCACUUCCAUGACUUGCCAUGUGGCGCCUCAGUGAUCCUGGGUAACAACGGCUUCAUAUGGAUCUACCCAACGCCUGAACACAAAGAAGAGGAUGCAGGGGGCUUCACUGCAAACCUGGAGCCUGUCUCCCUUGCCGAUCGAGAGGUGAUAUCCCGGCUUCGGAAUUGCAUCGUCUCACUGGUAACCCAGAGGAUGAUGCUGUAUGAUACCAGUAUCCUGUAUUGCUAUGAAGCAUCCCUUCCACACCAGAUCAAAGACAUCUUAAAGCCAGAAAUAAUGGAAGAAAUUGUGAUGGAAACACGCCAGAGGCUUUUAGAACAGGAAGGAUAAGGAGAUACUCCUGGACAGGACUGGGCGUACCUCACUGGAGUAAAGAAUCUAAUGUGUGGUCCCCAUGUGUGCUCAGUGAAGACCUGAGAAGUCAUUACUUCAUCUGCAUCGACAGCUGUGGCUGCUGCCAGCCCACAGGCCUGCUUUCUCCUGUCCUAAGACAAAGCCUGAGUGGAAGGUGAACAGUGCCCCCAGCCCCUGGGCUUGCCGGCUGAUCCCAGCACAAGGGGGUAGUUUCAGGUCUUUCAGAGUGCACAGUGUUCCAGCCGAAUGGACUCCCAUCCUGGAAUAAUAUGGAGAAGCUUUUGUCUUCCCCUCACCAUCAUUCACAAGGCACAGUGCCCCAUGAAAUUGCCCCAGUAGAAAGCACAGCAUCCCUGGCCUGCAGAUGGUCUGCUUUGGCCUCCAUUCCCCACCUCACUCAAAGCACAAGUAUGACAGUGAAGAAUACAGGUGGUAAAGUUAGCCCAGCAGUCAAAUGGAAGAAUAAAGUUAGCCAAGCAGCCUUUUGCUUGGCUGGAAUCCAGUUUCUCACUGCAUAUUCCUUUUAGCAAUAGGUGUAUGUCCACACCAGGCUGCCUUUAUCUGUCCUGCCAUGGAGUGGGACUUGUAAGAAGCUGAAUUAUCAAUAAUUGAAUGAAUGUUCUGGGUCCAUGUACUUUUGGAUGCUCUGAUAAACAAGAGUGAAAACAGAAAAUGGAGAUGGGAAAAGCAAAGCUAUUUUCCUCCUAUCACUGAAGUAGUAAUGCAUUAACUAUUGAAUAAUUCAGGGUUAGAACAUAAAAAGAUACUGAAGCUCUCACUGAGGAAUAUUAGAAUUCCUGUGCAUUGCAUUGACUAUCUAAAAGUGGUGUCUUGAUUUAGGUUUUGGGAAACAUUCUUUUGUAAGGGCACUGCAUGCAAGUGCUAUUUUAUUUCACAUAUGUGGUGCACUAUUUUUUGAUAUAUAUAAAUGGGUUAACAUGAUUAGUUUCUGUUCUUGUGUUCUGGGAGCUGAGUACAGUUGGAGGAGGGCUCAGGAGAUACAAAUGCCUCUGACAGUGGUCCUAACUACUUGAGUCACCUAGUAAAAUUUAAACCUAGGACAGUUUCAGUAGUAGUAACCGAACACUGCAUUUGAAGUUCUGAAAUACAUCUUGACUUUUUUUCAUUAAAUGCUAUUUCUUUUUAUAAAAUUACUUAGUAGCCAGCUUUUUAAUCUUUUUUUCUAAAGUUGUAGCACCUGUUUUGAGGAAUUUUCUUUUUCUAUCUCAAGUUGUAACACGUGUUUUGAGAAGUCUGCAAACAAUUGAAUAUUCGAUGGGCUAUGAUGCAGCUAUAGAUUGGUUCACUUGUCAUACUUUUGAGAAAAUUUUCCAGCCUGUUUGCCUCUUGAGAAAAGAGAAUGUUGGGAAGAAUGGGAGUCUGAGUCCUAGGUUUGGUUUUAACCAGGGCCAUAUGUAUGAAAGCUUGUUUAUUGGUCCUUCUCAUUGGUCCAGCCUAUGCUGUUCUUUCAGCAUCUGCUGAAUGGUGAUUACCUACCAAGUGGAAUAAUUUAAAGGUCUGGAAGCACCGUUUGAUUGUCUACUUUCAGCGGCCCACUAGAGGGCGCCCUUGUUAAGUGUAAUUCUAAAAGAUGUUUUUAAAAAUGUAUUAAUAGCUGAAAUUUUUACACUGAAUCCCUUUAGCAACUUGGUGGAUUGCUUUGCUUUAUAAAAGUUAGGACAAACUUAGACUGGAACUGAAUCACUUUUAAUGAAACUAUAUGAGCUUAAAGGGACUUAUUCAAUAUCUGGCAAUAUUUAUUUAAGACUCAGGCAUUUGCUGGGCUUUGGAUUCUAAUUUUUAAGUCCUUAAAAGUAUCAUUCUACAGUAUUAUACAGGGAGUAAAAAAAAUAUAGUGCAUCUCUAGAAAAAAUUUUACAGUCUCAGUCUCAAUGUGGGGCUCACUUAAAACUAGAAAACGGUGGAAGUGGAAAGCGGAGAUUAGAGACAAGCAGUUGACCUCCGUAGGGACUACCGUGGAGCACAGUCUCAAGCUUUGGGGACACCAACCAGGAUCUAGUUUGGUCCUCAUGGUAACCUUCACACCUCAUGCACUUCUAGGUGAAGAAAUCAAAGAAUUAAUGUGACUUGGUUAUCCUUGAAACAGGAAUAGCUCUAGAGAGUUGUCAUAAAGCAGUCCUUUAGAGCUGUGGUCCCCAGCCCCCGGACUGGACAGGACCGCACCGUGGCUUGUUGCUGUCCCCCCACUCCCCCUGCCCUCGCAGGAGGCUUUAUCUGUGUUUGCAGCUGCCCCAUCACUGGCAUCACCACCUGAGCUCCGCCUCCUGUCAGAUCAGCCUACCACGGACACUGCAUGCAGGAUCUAGGUGUUUGCUCCUUGCAAGAGUGGUGCCUGAUGAUCCCGGGUGAAGUUGGGGCUGGGGAGUGGCUGCAAUGAAGAUUGUCAUUGGCAGAGAGGUUUGACUGCACCAUAAAUGUGGUGCGCUUGGGUCAUCUUGGGACCAUGGCCCCCCACCCCCAGUCCGUGGAAAAUUUGUCUUCCACAAAGCCGGUCCGUCAUGCCAAAAGGGUUGGGGGCUCCUGCUUUAGAGGAUGGGUUGGACUGAUUGUGAAAGGUGUGGAUCCAGAAAUCUAAUUUCCAGCAUUGAGACUGAUCUUUGUUUGGAUUGUUGCUUAUUUUGCUACUGCCUGUCCCUCCAUGGAUGCUCCAUGAGAAUAAGCAUGAGUUUCUUCACUGCUGUAUCUCUGUACCUAGAACAGUGCUUGGCACAGGUGCUCAAUAAAUGCUUGUUAAAUGAA